AGUGUCGCUGAUAUCAGUAUCGACUUCCGUUAUGGGUCAGAAGCAAUCAGGUGGAUCUGGAGGUGGUUCUGGAGACAAGUCAGAUGACAAGGAUAAGAAACGAAAAUAUGAGCCUCCUGUGCCAACUAGAGUUGGAAAGAAGAAAAGAAAAGUCAAGGGACCUGAUGCUGCUACUAAGCUUCCUCUGGUUACCCCACACACAAGAUGUCGCUUGAAGCUGCUAAAAUUAGAAAGAAUAAAAGAUUAUCUCUUAAUGGAAGAAGAAUUCAUUAAAAAUCAAGAGCGACUAAAACCGCAAGAGGAAAAACAUGAAGAAGAGAGAAGUAAGGUGGAUGAACUGCGUGGGUCACCGAUGUCGGUCGGUAACCUGGAGGAGAUCAUUGACGACAAUCACGCCAUUGUGUCCACGUCUGUCGGCAGUGAGCACUACGUCAGUAUCCUGUCAUUUGUCGACAAAGACCAGCUUGAGCCGGGCUGUUCAGUGCUGCUCAAUCACAAGGUUCAUGCAGUGGUGGGUGUGCUGUCUGAUGACAUUGAUCCGAUGGUGACUGUUAUGAAGCUGGAGAAGGCGCCACAAGAAACAUAUGCUGAUAUUGGAGGGCUGGACAAUCAGAUUCAGGAAAUCAAAGAGUCUGUUGAACUGCCCCUCACUCAUCCAGAAUACUAUGAAGAAAUGGGUAUCAAACCUCCAAAGGGAGUUAUUCUGUAUGGAGCACCAGGAACUGGGAAAACUCUGUUGGCCAAAGCUGUAGCAAAUCAGACAUCAGCAACAUUCCUUAGAGUUGUGGGAUCAGAGUUAAUACAGAAAUACCUUGGUGAUGGUCCAAAAUUGGUCCGAGAAUUGUUCCGAGUGGCUGAGGAGCAUGCUCCCUCUAUAGUUUUUAUUGAUGAAAUAGAUGCUAUAGGAACUAAAAGAUACGAGUCUAACUCUGGUGGUGAAAGGGAGAUACAGCGAACUAUGUUGGAGUUACUGAAUCAACUUGAUGGAUUUGAUUCACGGGGUGAUGUUAAGGUUGUCAUGGCAACCAACAGAAUCGAGACUCUUGAUCCCGCGUUAAUCCGGCCAGGUCGAAUUGACAGGAAGAUUGAGUUUCCUCUUCCGGAUGAGAAGACGAAGCGGAGAAUCUUUACGAUCCACACAAGUCGCAUGACGCUCGCCAAGGACGUUAACAUCGAUGAUUACGUCAUGGCCAAGGACGACCUGUCUGGUGCUGAUAUCAAGGCUAUAUGCACAGAGGCAGGCUUGCUAGCGUUGAGAGAAAGAAGGAUGAAAGUGACCACUGAAGAUUUCAGGAAAGCCAAGGAGAAUGUACUUUACCGUAAAAAUGAAGGAACCCCGGAGGGACUUUAUCUCUAAUGUUCUGAUUGUUCUUUAUAUCUUGUGUUUGGAUGUUUGUCAAAUGGACCUGUGUAAUAUUCAUUAAAAAAAAGAAGAAAGCUGA